AGCGAGAAAGAGAAAGUGAGAAAGUGUGUACGUGUAUAUGUGUUGAGCUUUUAUGAGAGUGAGAGCGUUCAAUGGAAGUGUAUUCACCGGAUCGAUAUUUCAGCUUCGCAGCGUGGGCGCCGAAACUGUUGACGAAAUUUGGUAAGUCUCUUUUCUUUAUCUUUUGUCGAGAGUCAGACAGAAGGAGGGGGCAAUGGGGAAAGGCCCAACCAAGCACGUGGUAAACUGAUGGAGAUUUGAAGAGGGCUGAUGAUGAGAGGCUUAGAUGCCGCCGACGUGGUCGUGCCAGUGACUUUCGAGGAUAUAUUUACGCCGGCGACCAAGACGGCCAUGAGCACGACGACGACGACGCACGAGGAUGAUGGGGUGGAGGGAGCGCAGCAGCAACUGGAUCCUGAGAUUCAGAAAGCCUUGCCGCUGGAAUGCAACAUCACAAACACGCAGCAUCUGCGGUCAUCGCCCACAGCAACAUGCUACCGCAUCGACGUGUCCACGCCCGAUGCCGAGCAUCACAGCUACUUCCUCAAGCUUGCCCGCGGCAACACCGGCUGGGAAGCCCUUCGCGGCGAGCACGAGAGCACGCGGCUGAUCUACUCGCUGCAACGCGACCUGACUCCCACGCCGAUGACGUGGGGAACGCUCAUGUCCGAUAGGAACACACACUUCUACCUCUGCACAUACCACGACUUCCAGCCAGGCCUCGCCCCGGAUCCCGAGACUUUCUCCAGACAGCUUGCUGAGCUCCACGUCAAAUCCGCAUCGCUGGGCGAGCGCAGAUUCGGCUUCCAUGUCCCGACGUAUAAUGGCGACAUACGACAGCGGAACUCGUGGGAGCGCCGGUGGGAGACGUUUUUUGCGAAAGGCCUGCAGAGCGCAUUCGAUUUACACAAUGAACGUGCCGGUUACGUCGAGGAGCUCGAGGCUGUAGAGCAUGAUCUGUUCAAGAUCGUUGUGCCGAGACUACUGAGACCACUCGAGAGUGAUGGACGGAGGAUAAUGCCAGGACUCAUUCAUGGAGAUCUUUGGCAUGAGAAUACGGCAGUGGAACGAGGUUCCGGUCGAACUAUGAUAUUUGACGCCGCCAGUUUCUGGGGGCAUAACGAAUAUGAGCUGGGAUAUUGGUUGCCAGAGCACAACAAGUUCGGUGUAGACUACUUCGAAGCCUACCAUGAGCUUGUGCCGAGGUCGGAGCCAGUGGAAGAUUAUGACGACCGGAUUAGACUAUACGCUCUGCGUUUCAAUCUACAUGCUGCAGCGCUCUUUCCUGGCGACCUGAAAUACAGAGACAUGGUCAUCGAAGAGGCGCAGCUGUUGGUCGAAAAGUAUACCCCUUAGAUGAGGAUGUCGACAGCCAGUGGUGGUUUGGGGGCUAGAAAUUCGGACUAUGAUACAGUCAUGAGCCUU